GAUAACAGUUUGCUCGGACGAAUUCGCCAAUCCAAUCAUCACUUGCAGUUCAUCCUCCAUCAUGCUAUCUUCAAUUGGAGUGUUCCUCCUUGCGCUUACCCUAGCCGCCAAUGGCUACCGGCUGGAAAACGAGGACGAAUACGAUCCGUUCGAGCCGUUCAUUUCCGGCGGUUCCAAUGCAGUUCUCGGGCAGUUCCCGUCGGUUGUUGCCGUUGUCGUUCCCCAACCGAUCAACGCCUUCUGCGGAGGGAUCAUUCUGAACCAGAACCAUGUCCUGACCGCAGCACGCUGCGUUCUAACCGCGCAGAAUUUGCUCCUGUUCCCGAAUCAGGUAACCAUCGCGGCCGGAACUCUGCAGCUGAACUUCGCUACCCCUCGCAUCACCGUGUCCGCAAUUUACGUCCAUCCGGCGUACAAUCCGUUCACUUUUGCAAACAACCUAGCUGUUUUGCGAGCCACAUCGAACUUCAUUCCACCGGAGGUUCCCGUGCCGAAUAUCGCUUUCGCCAUUCCGAAUGAGGACAUUGCUCACGACGGGAUGCCAUGCCAGGUGGCGGGUUGGAACAACGCAACGAACAAUCCGGUGCAGCAGUUCAUUAACGUACCGAUCCUGAACAGGGACACCUGUAACGCUGUGCCGCUGCACUUGACCCGCAUCGGUGAGAGUAUGGUGUGUGCGGGAUCAGUUGCGGCGGGUCCGGGAGUUUGUGCGAGCAACAUGGGAACUGGACUGUUUUGCGAGGGGCGCGCAACGGGAAUCUUAUCCACCGGAUUCGGUUGCGGUCAGGCUAACAACCCGGGUGUCUACACCCAGAUUCGCUUCUACACGGAGUGGAUCCAACAGCAAUUCGAACGGCAGGAUGUGCCGCAGGGUGGGUUGUCGCCGAUUCCAAUUUGGUGAUAUGGGACGAUUUCCGAUCGAGCGA